UCAGCUGUUCACAGAAACGGACAAUAUAUGAGAAUUAUUAUCAACAUGGCCACAGCCUCAAAACAUAAGGCUCAUUUAGCUGCUUCCACAGAAGAGACAGGUCAAGAAAAAGGAGUCACCUCACCCACACAUCAUUGGGAUGCCAUACUGGAGGCCAGGGUGAGACGAAAAGCACAGAAUCUGCAACUUCAGAGAAAUGCAGAGUUGCACCAAAGGCAAGAAAAUGAGAAACACUCGGGUAUGCUUCCCACAAUGGAACUUUUGAAUGAUGAUUGGUUCAGCUCAGACAUGACCAACUUUGAGUCCAGAAUGUACCUCCUUGAGAAGCUACUACCAACUCUCAUGCCUGGUGUGGACAGUCUUCUGACUGAAGCAGAGAAAAGGAAACUUCUGGAAAUGGGUAGUGUGGACACAGAAGUGGCAGGAAGAAAAGAACCUAGACAGACCUUUGACCCCUUGAACUACCUUGCUCAGUAUCUGAUGAGGAACAACCCACGACACUGUUUCCUCAACCCAGGAGGGCCUUAUGCUCAAGGACUGAAACAGGUUGUGCAAGAACUCAAGCAAGGUGUUGUUGAUGAAGAAAACAACAGGUUGGCCUUCCUGAAGCAGCAGAUUCGAGAGAAGAGAGAACAACAGAACCGGGCAGAGUGGUUACAAGCACAAGUAGGAGAAUGGAGGAGAAAUGCCUUGCGUGCUCAGUUCUCUGAAUGGCUUCUGGAACCUGGUGAAGGCCUGCAGCUCAAACUGGUUCAGAAUACUUUGGCAGCUUUCCUGGAGAUCCUAGAAACUGACUCAUUCCUAAGUACUCAAGGUUUAAAGUUUGAUCAAGAACUAAGUGAUGAAGACCAAACAUUACAAGUACUGCAACAAGAGCAAUUUGUGGAGUACGUGCUCAGCUUCAUCAGCAGCUUCCCAACGGAUAUUUUUGAGAGAUUUCUUCAUCAUCUGUCCCUGUGUGCGCAAGAUUACCGGCAUGCACAUAGUCGGAAGGGAUGGAAGGCCACAUUCUCACAAGUGUUCCAUGACUGUGACUGUGGAAAGACAGGAUUGCUGGACAGGCAAAGGGUGCUGGUCCUCCUGGAGACGUUUUACAACACCAGCACAGAGAGCAUUCGGAAUACCCUGCUCAGCCCUCAACAUUGGCCUGUUCGGGAACCUGUGGAUGUGGAAUUUUCUGUAGAAUCUGACACGGAAGAUGAGGUUGAUGAAAUACAAACCCCCAACAGUUCAGACACAGAGAUGGAAGCUGGGGACAGUGAAUCUGCUGGAAGAAGGAACAAAAAUGUAGAAGAAGAACAACAAAUAGAUUCUCCUGUUGAUCCAAAGGAAACUGUAGAUUUGGUUAAAAAUGAGUUGGCAGAGUCCACAGAAAAGAAUUUGGUGGUCAUGGUCAACACUCCAAACAUGAGCUUUGAAGUUGGGGCACCGAGUCCUGAGCCUGACUCUGAGGACAAAGAUCUUUUAUCUCCUUUGGACCAAAAGAGCUGGAGAGAAACAGAAAGUCUGAGCGCUUUUAAUCACAGUACUGUGAAUGAGACCCAGUUCCUUCUGCUUCUGGACACUUUCCUGAGAGACACUGUUACAACCGGGACAAUGAACCGCCUAGCAGGUUAUUUGAGAGAAGGCUACAAAGAGACAGAACAAGAAAGGCUUGACAGACUUGAGCGGGCCCAGAGAGAGGCUGUCCUGGCUCAAUGGAGAAUUGCUGUGGAUGAGCUCUUUGAUAAGUGGGACAAUGAGGGCAGUGGGUUCCUGGAACAAGAGGAAGUAGAGAGAGUGUUGAACAACUACAAGCAAGGGGCAGAGAUAGCAGCCAUGAAGAGAGCAUGGAACAGCCUGGCCAGCCACACUUCCAUCCUGUCCCGUUCUCAGUUUCAUUCUCUCCUUCAAGCAGUAAUUUCAGAACUACCCCCUGAGGGUGGAAAAGACAGUGGAUUUCAUGGAUUACUGGGUUUCCUGACUGAAAGUGUGGAAAGGUCUCUGGCAGAGAGGACCAGAGGGUCCACACGCAGAAAAUGGCUGAUGCAGAUCCAGAAAGCAGCCCAGGCCGUUGGUACAAGUCUGGAGCCUGUGUAUCGUGCUGUUUUCCAGUGUUUGUACAAAGAUGCAGAGACUCAUGGAAAUGGAAAGAACAUUAGUGCCUCAUUAGCUUUACUUGAAGGACCAGAUCGUCUUCGCUAUGUGGCCUGCACAGCAGAGGAUGCCCCAUACGUACUGAAUAAGGAACUCAGGCGUGAGGAUAAAGGAGUGAGCUUUGCUGCAUUGGAUCAAGGAAACCCUGUGCAUAUCCCUCGAGUACGCCUGCAUGGCAAUGUUCACUUCUGGAACACGUCAAGGUCUGAAUCGGAGCGGAAAGGUUCAUUCCUGGUUUUGCCACUUAAAGAUGCCCAUGGAAGAUCAUUUGGGGUCAUAGGCAUUGAUACACUGAGAGACACACAAGAAAGGAAUAUUUUCUGCAGGCAUGAGAUUGAAUUUUACCAAGGAGUUAGUGCAGUCUUCAGUUCGGCAUUCCAGUUUAUAGUCACUAGAAGGAAUAUUCUCCGAGUUCUGGACAGUGCCUCCUAUUGGCUGCACUGCAGAGUUCCAAGCAUGCGCAGUCUCACUACCUACUUGAUGGAAACCAGUGGACAGAUAGAAUCCAGCUACUUACUGAAGAAGAUGAUGGUGUUAGAUAACACAACAGGUCACUCUAGACUGCUCACUCGACCAGCCCCUCUGCGUCGAAAAGAUCAUCUGUUCAGAGACUAUCUCUUCAAAUGUUGCGACAGCUCAGAGACACUUAGUUGCAUGGCAUAUGGGGAGUGGCACGUUGCAGUGCCCAUGCGUGAUAUUGAUGGACAUGCCCUGGGUGUAAUGGAUAUAGUGUUCAGUCAUGAAGGGGCAAUGCAGCCUCACGAGCGGAAAGAUCUUCAAGAGAUGGUUCGUGUGACUCAGAUGGCCUGCUCUCAGCUGUUGAGAGAAAGCUCUGGCAUGGCACGUCAAACCUGGUUGCUGGAGGCCGAGGGAGCAGGUGGGGAAAAGCGUGUGGGGCUGCUCUUCCUUCGUUUCAUGCUUCAAGAUCUGCGGAGCUGCAUGCGCCAUCUAGACCAACGUUCCUUUGCAGAGCUCAAGAGUUAUAAGGAGCCACCCAACACUGUACUCCAAAUUGUACGAGCUGUGCUUAUCAUGCUUCAUCCACAGUGGGUGGAGACAAAGGAGACUGACAGCUGGAACCAGUGCCGACUAAAGGUGAACAGUGAUCUUAUUCGAAAAGUUGCACUAUUUGACCCAACAGCCAAAUCAGUGAAAGUGGACUUUGAAAAACUUCAGCAGUGCAUAUCAGGUAUUCCUCGUGGAGAUGUGUGGAAACAUGGCUCAGUCCCUGCAGAGUACCUUUACAACUGGGUGUCUGUCUGUUUUGCUCUGUUGGAACAAACUGGAAGGGUAAAUCAAGGCAAAGGGGACACCCUCUGUAAAGACAUCCCUGUAAACGAGACAUCCAGGAAAAAUGAGGCUCCAUGAUGGGAAUGCUCUGUAUUCAGAGAGCAGUGUAUUUGUGCACAUACCAGUCAGCAUAUGGCAAAUGAAGAUCUAAGAGUACAAUAAGCACAUGCCCUGCAGUGACCUGGCAAGAGAUAAGGGAUCGAGAACUAGCAGGAGAAUGAUAAAGCCCCUUCAGACAGACCACUCCUAAGGAAACACACUGGAGAUUGGCCGUGCGUUGACAAAGGAAAGAAAGGCUUGUGUCUUUGCUAUAUUUUCUCCAAUAGAUUGUAUCUUUUUUAAUACACUAUUGCAUUUUUUCAAUAAA